CGGAUUAACGUCGCUUAAUUACGCAUGGUUUUGCCGUCAGCAUCCCGCGCGCACCUGCCCUGGGACUACGGUACACUGAGCUGCUCCACCAAAGCUGCCUUUCGGUUUUAACACCUUUCUCCAGUCCAAAGUUGUUUUACGUCAAAGACACGCGGGACGGCCCGCCCUGAGCGCAGAAGGCGGAUUAGAGAGGAGAUUCCGGGUACCCGAUGAAAACACACACGGUGUGAGGAGCCAACACAGAGACAUUGAUCAGACACCUGCCUCUCUCCAGAUCAUGCACUGCACACAAACACAAUGAACCGCACACACGCACACGCAUGCUGCCCCCACCAUCAGACACGUAGCUUUAAUGAACCUUCUCAUUUCGCCGUCUAUUUCUAGGAGAUGAAGAGGCAGCACCCUCCUCUUCCUCAGCCUGAGGACCGGAGAGAGAGCCGAGCAGGGGUGUAGCUACUGCCCCCACCAUGGAGCCCUGAUACACGGGGGCUGAGAGCAGCCAGAUGGAGGAGCGGGAUCGUAGCCGCUCUCCCUCCCACAGGACCAGCCGGGUGGAGCAGGUGGUGGGCAGGUGGCUCCGACGUUCCCGGGACUCAAGCAGCAGAGAGAGGAUCCUGGUGGACGGGAGGGCCGGGGAGUCCGGCGCGUCGGACCAGAGGAACUAUCCGGUGCGCCUGACGGUUCAGAUCCUGAAGGACCCCCUGCUCAACUCCCACGGUCUCAGCCUGUCUCCCCAGAUCCCCAUACUGGUGCAAGAUGUCCACCCAGGAGGUCCUGCUGAUGGUCGACUCAUCCCCGGCGACCAGGUCAUAAAAAUCAACAAUGUAGCCAUUGAUGACCUGACCCCGGAGCAAGCUGCUGACAUAAUCAGGGAAUGUCAGGACUCAGUGACAAUGACUGUCCUGCGAACCACUGUGGGACCCAAGUCCUCUUUUAUCACUCCAGAGAAGAGGGCCAAACUGAAAUCCAACCCGGUGAAGGUACGCUUCGCCGAGGAGGUUGCAGUCAACGGACACUCUCAGGGCAACUCUCUGCUCUUCCUGCCCAACGUUCUGAAGGUGUACCUAGAAAACGGCCAGACCAAGGCCUUCAAGUUUGAACCCAACACCACUGUAAAGGACAUUGUGAUGACUCUGAAAGAGAAGCUGUCCCUGUCUCGUAUCGAGCACUUCUCUCUAGUGCUGGAGCAGCAGUACAGCAUUACCAAACUCCUGCUUCUACACGAUGAGGAGAGGAUACAGCAGGUGGUCCAGAAGAGGGAGUCUCAUGACUUCAGGUGCCUGUUCCGUGUGUGUUUCAUGCCCAGAGACCCUCAGGACAUGCUGCAGGAUGACCCCACAGCCUUCGAGUACCUCUAUCUGCAGGGUGUGAACGACGUGCUGCAGGAGAGGUUUGCGGUGGAGAUGAGGUGUAACACGGCCCUGAGGCUAGCUGCCCUGCACAUCCAGGAAAGACUCGCCAGCUGUGGACAGUCUCCCAAGACCAACCUGAAGAUCAUCACGAAAACAUGGGGCAUCGAGAACUUUGUGUCGUCCACCCUACUGAGGAACAUGAGGGAGAAGGAUCUGAGGAAGGCUAUUGGCUACCACAUGAAGAAGAGCCAGGCACAGAUUGAGCCCAAGCAGAAGGUGCUCACGGCAAAUCAGGCGAGGACUAACUACCUGGAGGAGCUGAGCGACCUGAAGUCCUUUGGGGGGAAGUCCUUCAGCGCCACCAUGAUGCUGCAGGAUAGGGAAUCCAUGGUGACCCUGUUGGUGGGCGCACGCUACGGCGUGAGCCAGGUGGUCAACCACAAGCUGAGCAUCAUGACCACGCUGACCGAGUUCAGCAGCAUCACGCGCAUCGAGCUGCUUCCCGAGUCGGAGCGCGUGAGCCUGGUCAAGAUCUACCUGCAGGAAAUCAAGCCCAUAACUCUGCUGUUGGAGUCUGUAGCAGCCAAGGACCUCUCCUGCCUGGUGGCUGGCUACUGUCGUCUGCUGGUGGACCCCAACAUCAACAUCUUCCCCUGGACAGACCCCACCAGGAAACACCGGGUGUCGGCAGAGGAGGGUUACGUGUCGCGUUGUGGCAGCGAUACCGAUGACUCGUCAGAUCUGGACAUGGACACCCUGGUCACCCUCGUGUCCUACAACAAGCAGCCCAGGCCUAGGUCCACGUCGGACCCCGAACAAGCGAGGGAGCAGCUGAAGAAGAAACGGAAAGAGCGUGAAGAAAAGAGGAGAGUGCAGAGGAGGGAGAAGUCAUGUCAGGAAUCUCACAAGAAAGAGGAAGGGGAGAAGGACGAGGAGACAAGAGCGGAGCACGCUGAAAGGGUUUCUUCUGAAAACAGAGAGAACGAGAAACCGGUGGAGGGAGGAGGAGAAACGGAGGGGACGGAGGAAGAGAAAAUGCAGGGGGCUGGAGAAGGGGGAAACGAGAAGAUAGAGGAGCAGACUUGGGAUGGAGUGGGGAAUGAGGAGGCGGGGGGAGGAGCAGAAAUGGGGAUCAAGAGAGUGGUGGGGGAGAGAGGAGGAGGAGGAGAAAUUCUAGCCGUGGAGGACCACCCCUCUGUGUCGGAGGCGUCCGAAUCCUGUAGGACAGACUCACGCUUCAUCACCAGCAUCUCCAGCGACUCAUUGGACGCCCUAGAGGAAGACGACCUCAUUUCCUGUUCAUCCUCUGCCCACCAUCACAUUCACCCCCAUACUUAUCCCCCCCCUCAUCCCCACCUCCUCUCUCCCCCUGCCCCACAUGCCCAUCCCCUCUUCCGCCUCACAGUUGACCCCCCUCAUUCCAGGUGGGAACCGUCUGCACCCCACCAGGUGAGAGAAGGGGGACACAGGACGACCAAUGACGAGGACGACCCCCACCUCUCCCCCGCGGACAUGACCUUUGACCCUGUGUCGGACAACUUCCUGUGUUUUGCCGAGCUUUCCCGCAUGGUGGACUACCUGCCAAGCCCCCCAGAGGCCAGCGAGGAUGAGGACGAGGACGAGGGGGAGAGGGAGAGGAGGGAGACGGAUGACACGUCAGAGACGGGGGGCGAGGAACGAGACAAAGGCGAGGAGGGUUGUCUUGAGCGUCUCCCCACGUCCCCUUCCCCCCCCUCCCACCUAGACUGCGUGUUCAACUUUGAGCAGAGCGACGCCAGGUGUUACUACAACAUCUGCUCGAACGUCACCCCGGAUAGCGCUCACAGCCUUUCCCGCCUCCACAGCGACCGCAGCCCGGCAGCGGUAGAGGCCGAAGAAGAGGAGGAGGAGCAGGAGGAGGAGGAGCAGGAGGAGGAGGAGUCGCAGCCCCCGGCGCUGGAGCUGGAGUCCGUGCCCAUCCUCCAGCCACCACCCGGUUUUGGAGACAGCAGUUCGGAGGAGGAGUUCUUUGACGCCAGUGACCGCUUUGCCUCGCCCGAAGACACAACGUCGGGAGCCGUGCCUCGAGAUUUUGCCGCAGAGAUGAGAGAAGAUAGUCGAAGUGUGAGCCCGAGCGAUAUUGGAAUCAGCAUUCCAGUACAGCGGCGGGACGGAAAAGAGGAUGAAGGGGGAAGCGAGGAGGAGGGAGGAGGAAGCGAGGAGGUGGGAGGAGGAAGCGAGGAGGAGGGAAGAGGACGAGAGGCGAGGGCCAGACUGAGGAGAAGGUCCAGAAAGCGACGAUCCUUCAUGGAGACAAACUUCACCUCCAGAGUGUCCUUCCCAGAAACAGACCCCGACAACAGCCAAGACCAGGACCAGCAUCCUUACCAGAACUCGGGCCAGAAGAACCACAUUGCACAGGCCGAUGACAGCCAGAUGCUGAGCGCUGACCCAGAACCUUCUGAACAGACCCAGAACCCGUCUCCCACCGUCUCCUGCCUGAAGCACACAGAGGGGGAACCAGCCCAGCUGGAGUCCAAGCCCAUCCUCACCAUGCCCAGCCGACACCGGGACCCAGACGAGGACAGGAAGGACCUCCUGAGGAGCUCCAGGUCCAGGCAGCAGGAGAUGGAGAUGGAGCCAGACUCCAUGGAGUUCAAAUCGGUCACGGCUCUGGUGACGGCAGCCUGCCCCUCUAUCUCUGCUGUCCGCUCCAGGGUGGAGCCCGACGGGAAGGAGAGCGCCGACCGAAGAGGGGAUGGGGAGGAGGAAGAGAAAGAGGGACAGAAACAAGUGGGAAUGAGUGAAGAGGAGGGGGAUGAAAGAGGGGGGUCAUUGAAAGGAGCCUGUGCUGGUCAUAUGUUCCUGGCUGAGAUCCUGGAAGAGGAAGAGAAAGAGGAGGAGACAGGAGAGGAGAAAGGGAGCAGGGAAAAGGCAGGAGAGGAGGAAGAUAGAGGGGAAGAGACAGGAGGGGAGGACAAGAGAGGUAUGGAAACAGGAGAGGAAGAGACAGGGGAGAAAGCAGGAGAGGAGAAAGGGAGAGGGGAGGAGACAGGAGAAGAGGUAGACAGAGUGCCCUCACCCAGCACCGAAGAACCAACUGUAUUUGCUGAAGAGGGACUUCAGACCAAUAACCCACCUCACUGUUUCAACAAAGAGGAAAAGGGUGAGGAUGUUCCUGUCAGACCUCUUCCAAGACCCUCAUCCCCUAGUUCACAUAACAAGGCAUUUGGGGCUGGUAGAGUUGUGAGGAGGAAUUUUAUCCCCCCAAGCCAUCCACCACCACCGCCACCCACCCCCUCACUACCUCCACUCCACGACCUCUCUACACCUCACUUAACCCACCCAGAAAGAGGGCAGGGGGGCAACAGAGGCAUGGAAGAGCACAUGCCAACCAACCCCCCUAACCCUUACCUAGAGCCAGUAUAUGAUGGUUUGUUAACCAAGAUCCACGGCGAAGAAUUACCAAAUGGUAAACAGACCGAGAGUGGGAGAGCGUCCGUUGAAAUCAGUUAUGUCCCCACUAUAGCUGUUCAUACUGCCACUGAGAAUAUUGUCGGCUCCAUUACUUCCAUCCUCGGUGAUGGAUAUAAUAGUAGCUUGAGUUCUUCUAAUGCUAUUGAUGAAGCAAAUGUUCAUAGUGUCAAUUUGGUAACCGCUAGUGAUGAUGAAGGCAACGCUAACAUCUGUGAUUUGAGCUUGGAUCGUGCUACCACUGCUAACGUUGAAUCCCCUGCACACGUUCAUCUUCUGACUGCGCACAUUCAGUCAUUAACAUCAAAUACAGAUUUUGCUGCCACCAUAAACUCCAUUACAGCAAAGCUUGAUGCUACAGCAGGCAUCAAACCUACGCCAGUCAGCACUGCUUCCACUGUGGCUAAUGUCAAAGCCUCCAUCCUACUGGAUUCUCUCGCUGACACCAAAAAAGCAGUUUGUAAAACGGCUAGCUUGGAGGCUAAUGCUAGCACAGCUAAUGACAAUGUUGACACAGCUAAGCCUAAGGUGACCACUUUCCACAAGCUUCCCAACGAACCUCCAUCACUUUCUGGGUUCCUUCUCCAGCCAUGCUCCCCUGGCAUCAUCGGCGGUCGCUUGUCGGCUUCCACCCUGCGAGGGAAGAUCCAGAGCCUGCCCCUCUACUUGUCACGUUCCCAAGAAACCCUUAGCCAAACCGGGCUGGGGAGCACAGUCAAGGGCCCCUCCAGAGAAGUCAUCACAAAGGUCACUGCUGAAAAUAAGGUUGGCGUUGUCAAGGACACAAGUCAGGUAGAAUCAGCAGAGUCGGACGAUUCUGAGGUAACGCUGACAGGGUCAGAUGUGGAAGGGGAAGUGGUCAUAGAAACCACGGGGGCGGAGAUCACGCGGUCGACUGUGUCGGAGGUCAAGGAGCUGAUGGAGAAGGUGGUGAAGGUCUAUGAAAGCCCUCCCCUGCCAAUCCGCAAUGAGCUCAAACCUCUGAAUCAAGACUCAGAAAUUUACAUUUCUGAGCCAAAAAUAGAUACCUACAGAAAUAAAACGGACAUCUACAGACCCCAAAUGAACAACCCUGUCCAUCCUGUUCCCGCUGCAAUAGUGGUGACCACGCAGAGUCUUAAUGGUCCAGGCCUCAGUUUCCCUAGCAUGGCAGAGCCAGUGGGGGGUAGCAGUGUCACUUCUAAAGACCUCUGUAAGCCUGCAGGAGGAGACUCGGGCCAGGUAAAAUUACUUAGCACAAGCUGUGGAGUGUUCACUGUCUGUGAGGCCCAGCCGAAGACUCAAAGCCAGGCCCACCCAGAAUCUUCCCCACCGAUAAAGCCAGAUUUUGGGUGUAGCUCUAUUCUGGCAUCUGGGUGCGAGUCUGUGCUGGAAGGUGUUCAGACUCCCCUGGACGCAUGUGGGUGUCCUAUGGUCUAUACCAAUUGCUUCAGCGGGGGGGACAGCUUUGACGAUGAGUUGACAGUUUACGAGUUCUCCUGCCGCACGCAGAGUGACGUGACCCAUGCCUCCGGGGUGCUUCCUCUGAUGACCUCUCUCCCUUCCUCCUCUUUCCUUUCCUCUUCUCCUUCCGCAUCCCUCUCUCCCUCAUUCCCCCGAUUGGUCAUCCCUCCAUCCUCCUCCACCGAAGUUAGCCCCCUCCUUUCCCCUUUGGAGUCAUCCAACUGCUUCUUGUCCGAGGCGCACAAAGAGACCAUCAGCCGACUGCGCCAACGCCAUUAUCCGGCUCCUCCAGCGGGUUUCCAGACACUCCGCGGAGAUGUAGACCAGCUACUCUCCAUCUUAGAAGGCGGGGCCAGGGGAGGACGCGGGGGGAGGCACCCCAGGGACAGCUGCCCUGCCCACUUCAGCGAGAACAAGCGAACACUGCACGGGGAGGCUCGCCGCCUGAUGGCAGGCUGCCAGAAGGUGGUGAGGGUGGGCCAGAGCCCCGAGGAGAUGCUCCUCUCCCUGGCCGACAGCUUCCAGACCCUGGUGGAGCUGACCGGGGUGUGCCUCUGGUUCUCUGGCUGCGACCGCUGCGACAGGCGGAACAGCGAAGCGGUGGCCGGUUUGGCGGACGUGGCGCGGGCCUUCCGGGAGUUUGCACUGGCGGCGGAGAGGGCGAGCGGGAGACGGACAUGUCACGACCUCAGCACCAAGCUGCUGGCCAAACAGUGCACUGCACUCACCGCCUCCGUCUUCUGCCUCACACAGCUGUUUCGUACGCUCACCGCCCUUUGAAUGAUGUGGCUGCCUAUUUAACCUUUAACUCUGAGGGAGGUCUGACACUUGACGGGUCACAAACGGGGGAUUACUUGUAGUGACUAGAUGACAAGUUCUAAAGACCCAUUGGUUGUUUUACAGCCUCUGUGAUGUCAAAGUUCCCGUAGUGAUUAAUCACUAACACCCUGACAUCCCAGACCAAAUGAGACAUUCCUUAUGGUGUCAUAAGAGACCAUAAGGCCUCCUCUAGGGUACAGUGCUUGUGGUUGACCUAAACAGUGGCAUAAUGUGCAUUGGUCCCUAACUGGUCAGUCACUCUCAGUAGUACAAACUGUGUAAUAAAGUGUCACACUGUCAUAAAGGCCACACGCAACGACAAUCGCUAGACUCAAAGCAAACCUGCCUGUGUUACAGUAUUUAAGUAUUUAUAUUUGAAUAUACUAUAUAUUUAUUGAUCUAUUUAUUUUUUAUCUUUCAUGUUAUUGGUUUGGUAGUUAUCGAACAGGAAAACAGAGGAGAAUCUAGAGGAAAACAGAACGAACAAGGAAUGUUUACAAAAAAUGUUGUAGACCAGAAAAUGAUUUACACACAUACACACACACAU